GACGUCUAGAAAUGACGCAUCGAACGAACCGUCAUCAGAAAAACAAACUAAAUACCGCGGGAAGAUGAAUUUGGAGAAAAUUACUGUAGAAUCUGCAAAGAAAGACUCAUCGGUGCAUUUCUUUCCAUGUGAGAUCAAGUACAAUGGGGAAGCUGAAGUAGAUCGGUAUUUCAACACCUCAAUAAAGGGGUGUAAAAGAGAAGAUGGCGAAGAGAUGUUAACAGCAACUUUUCGUGGUAGACCUUUAAAUGGAAAGAUGGAGAGAGUUCCCAGUGGAUAUACAGGUAUUAUCAUGAAAGAGCAAAGGCGGCCAUUUACUGAGGAAGAAGAGAGGACAGUGACGGUAACACACACAUUUGAUAAAUUCCAUUACUGGAAUCUGGACAAGAAACCCUCUGCUGAUGACAGGUUCUCUCAGAUGUUGGACUGGGUCGAACUCUCAAAAACUUUGCACAGCCCCACUGAAGCUACAGUAACCAGUAGUCAAAUAAGCAAUGUUAGUAUUUGACAUUAAAAAUUAAUGAAUAUAUAA